AGGUGGAGCUGAGAGCGUCGAGCUGGAACCAGGACUGGAAAAAAACAGCAGCAACAGACUCCGAUGUGGAUCCUUUACAACCCCUGUAAGUGAUGGGCACCAUUAAGAUGAUCUCCUCCAGCAUCCCUCACCAGUAGCUGGGCAGCAUGGCUCCGGCUCCUCCUUCCAGAGAGGACACCAGUAGCUCAUUAGCACUGCCCUGGAGGCUGACGCCGACAUAGAUAUAGUUCCUCAUCACGGUGGACACCAACUGAUCUGCAGCCCACAGGCCCGUUUAAACACACUUAUGAGCUGCCUCACAAGGACGAAUUGUGCCGGAGCGGCAGCAACAUCUGGACCGAGACCUUAAACCAUGUUCUGUCUCUGAUUGGUUGCUUUGGGCGGCAGAGCUGGACCGUGCAGCUCUUCCACGCUUAGACAAACCCGGACUCUGAGCCAUGUCUCUUCUCUCGGCCCUGAGCAUCAUCUGUGGAUUGAUGCUCCAUGUUUCCUACAGUGCACUCAACACUCACUAUUGUGUCCCACGAAAGACAGUUCCCUACCGGAACGAGCUGAAGUUGUUCAGGGAAGAGGGGAUCUUUAACUACUCCACUAUGCUGAUGAGAGAUGACCUGGGUGUUUUGCUGCUGGGGGCCCGAGAGGCCGUAUACGCUCUGGAUAUCAACGACGUCUCUGCCAGAAAGGCUGCGGUGUAUUGGCGGGUCACCGAGGAGAAGCAGAGGGAGUGCACGUACAAAGGAAAACAUGCUGAGGUGGAAUGCCGUAACUACAUCCGAACCCUGCACAGAGUGAAUGACACUACGAUGUAUGUGUGCGGCACAAAUGCUUUCAGCCCCUCCUGUGAUUAUCUGACUUUUGUAAAUGGACAGCUGAGGCUGGAGGGAAAGCCGGAGGAGGGAAAGGGGAAGUGUCCUUUUGAUCCCUUCCAGAGAUACUCCUCCCUCAUGGUCGGAAACGACCUGUACUCUGCUACAUCCAUCAACUUCUUGGGCUCUGAGCCGGUGGUUCUGCGCAGUUCCGACUUGGCUCUACGCACUGAGUUUAAGAGCUCCUGGCUCAGUGAGCCAAACUUUGUCUUCAUGGACUUUGUGGGUGAGAGUUUUGGUAGUCCUGGCGGUGAUGAUGAUAAGGUGUACAUGUUCUUCAGUGAGAAUGCCAUGGAGUACGACUUCUACAGGAAAGUUGCAGUGUCCCGAGUGGCCCGAGUCUGCAAGGGGGAUAUGGGCGGCCAGCGGACACUGCAGAGGAAAUGGACGACGUUCCUGAAAGCCCGUCUGGAUUGUUCCCUCCCUGAACCCAGCCUGCCCCCCAUUGUCCAGGAUGUCUUCCUGCUGAAGGACGAGGACUGGAGGAAGAGCGUCUUCUACGCUGUCUUCACUCCGCAGUCGAGCUUGUCCCAGGUUUCUGCAGUAUGUGCAUUUAAAGUGUCUGCCAUUCGGGACAUUUUUAACGAGGGCAAGUUUAAGACACCUGUCGCCGUGGAGACGUCCCACGUCAAGUGGGUGAUGUACACUGGAGAGGUGCCGGUCCCAAGACCAGGAGCGUGUAUCAAUAACGUGGCACGUAACAUGGGGAUGAAUCGCUCUCUGGACCUUCCUGACAAAACCCUCCAGUUCAUCAGGGACCGUCCCCUCAUGGACGAUGCCGUUCGCCCGCUGACAGGAGGCCCGCUGCUGGUCAAGAGGGGAGCUUUGCUGACUCGGAUUGUAGUGGACAGUGUGUUGGCGCUGGACGGAGAGAGAUAUGCAGUCAUGUUCAUCGGCACUGAAAACGGUUACAUUCAGAAGGCUGUCAACUACGCAGGAGAGAUGCUCAUCAUUGAGGAAAUUCAGCUGUAUGAAAACCCCGUGCCUAUAAGCAUCCUGCGCCUCUUGUCCAGCAAGGGCCAACUGUAUGCAGGUUCAGCGUUUGGUGUCAUCCAGAUGCCGGUCAGUAACUGCAGCCGCUAUGACUCCUGUGUGGACUGCAUCCUGGCCAGGGAUCCGUACUGCGCCUGGGACCUCCCCACCGAGCAGUGCUCCUCAGUCCACAGCUCGUCACUCAUCAUGAGUACUGCAAUACAGAGUCUGAAGGAAGGAGACGUCACGCGAUGUCCUCCGCCAGAUCCAGUAGCAGCUGUGGACUUAACCCUCGUUCCAGAGAACAACAUCCAGCUGCCUUGCCAGCUCCACUCCAACUUGGCUCAGGUCCUGUGGCGGUUCUCCGACCAAACACUUCACUCCAGCAACAAAUACUACAUCUACAGCGGGGGGCUCCUCAUCCUGGGGGCCUCUGAAUUGGACGCCGGCCUCUACACGUGUGACUCUGUGGAGCUGAUCAACGGGAGGGCCUACAACCGGACAGUGGCGGUUUAUCACCUGCAGCUCGACUCCGGCCUAGGAGAGGUUGGCGGGACGACUCCCAGCAACGAGGUGACAAAUUCCUCAAAAUCUAUUCACAGUCUGAACACUGCCGCUCCGGGGCCGGCGCCAACCCCGCGUAACGAGGAACCGCCGUCCCCCGAGAACCAAAGCGACACGGGCAGGGUGACCCGCUUGGAGGUCGCCGUGGGUCUGCUCUCGCUGCUUUGUCUCUCCCUGAUGGGCGUCAUAUUAUGGAUCUGGAGUCAGGGUGGGGCAAGGGAGUGCUUUAAGUUUGCGAAGCGCAAAGGCGAAAUCGAGGGGAAGAGGCAGUCGGCUGAGUACAUGCACAUCCCGAACAGAACUUCAGAGAUAAAGCUCCUGGGGCCCGAGCCUGGAAGGCCUUGCAGUGCCAAUAAUAAUCACUCCACCGUUGACUUCAAAGGGAACGGGGAGCACCACUUCACACCUAUGGCCAACAUUUCAAGCCUGGACGGGUUGGGAUACAUAAAUGAUGAGUCAGAGAUUUGACUCUGCUGAGGUAUAGAAUUCAAUCCAAGGCCAACGACCAAUUAUCUUCCUGUAGUUGUGCUACUGUGGAGAAAAAAACUUUUCACAUUAUAGAUUCUUUUGAUUGGUGUCGUUGCCAAUUUCCUCCACUGUCGAUCAUUUCUGUACGCUGACGGGGCAGCUCAUGUUCACUGUAAAGACUUUUCUGGUGGAAUUUUCAUUCCGAGAAAACAGUUGAUAAGUCAUUUUUUUAUAUAUGUAUUUUUUUGUAUAAUGAUAAAUUGUGAAUACACACUGUGUAAUAUAUUGUGUACAGGCAAGAGCGUUUUAUUUUCAACUAUUAUUUAUUUGAAGCAAUAUCAUUUUUGUUGCAGCAAUCAUAAUACGUGUGAUCUAAGUCUUAGGUCUCUUCGAUAGAGUCAGCAGCUAUGAACAAGUAGCAAACACUUUGACCUCUUGUUUCCAGUGAGAUUUCAUUUUAUGGAUUAUUCAAGACAACAUUCAUCAGUCAGAGAGCAUAAUGUCCAAUCUUUGGUUGUGUUAAUGAUUGAUCAAUAGCCUACUUCUUAUUUCCUGGUAGCUAUAAAAAAUAUAUAUAAAAUGGAGUACAGAUUAACUGCUGUAUUCAACAGUGUGUAGGAUUUGGUGGCAUCUAGCGUUGCAGACAGGCAGCAACCUCCAGUUCUGAAAAAUACCUUGAAAUUGCAUUCUUUCUACCAGCCAGCAGGGGGUGACUGCUCUGGUUGUAAAAAUAAUAUAUUGUAUAAAAGUCUAUGAGAAAAUAAUCCUACUUCUCAUUUAGUUUAUUCCCUCAGUAAACAUUGUAAACACGCGUUUAUGGUCUCAAUCUCUAGUUUCAAGUCUUCUUCAAUACAGCAUGAUGUUCAUCUAGUAAAUUAUGGUUCAUUUAGAGUCAAAUAGACCCUAAAGCAGGGUAGGCUUAAGGGCGGGGCUUACUGUGAUUGACAGGUUGCUACCAGAGCUGUAUGCAGCUUCUCUACCUCACUUCUCCGCAGUCCAAAUAUGGUCACUUCUGUUCACUGGCUGGAAAAAAACAGCAAUAUGGUGAAGGGAAAAAUGCAAAAUCCGAGGCUACCAAUCGGCAGUCCACAAAUCACAAUCAACAUUACAAAGACGUCCAUUUAUUAUAUACAGUCUCUGGUUGCAGAUUGCAACCAACUGAAUACCCCUCCACUCAUGUCCUCCCUUUCCAAGACUGUGUACAGGUUACUGCACUUUCACAAGCGUGUCAGAGAACUACGGUGGCCUUCAGGUAGCCUAAAAACGUGUAACACCCUCUCUAGAGCCAGUGUUUGGUUUGUCCAUUCUAGGCUACUGUAGAAACAUGGCGGUGCAACAUGGUGGACUCUGUGAAGAGUAUCUACUCCCUUUGUAGAUUUAAGCUAAUUGUAUCCUAAUAAAAACACAGUCAUGAAUAUAUUAUUACAUUUCUGCUAAUAGAGCCCACUAAAUCCUACACAUUGUGCCUUUAAGAAUUAAAAUAGGUGAUUAAAAGUGACAAAUCUGUUUUCCAUAACAGACACAUAAGAUUACUUCACUCCUGUAAAUGUUGUACAUCAUUGAGAGUGAACUAGGGUGUCAUUGUGAAGCAGAAGUGUGGGUGUCAAGUGAAUCAGUGCAUCAGAGACAAAGCCAGGAUAAGAUUUUUUCUGUUUUUGGUGUAAUCUUUGGGGAAAAUGCAGCCCUUGUUGAUAAUAAUAAUAAUAAUAAACUUUUUUUGGGAGUUU